CCAUUUUCAUCACAGCCUUGUCGCUUAUUGGAAUAGGCAUGCAGUUGCAAGUAACUCCUUUAGUACCAAUUUCCAAAGGUGUCCUAUCAGGAAAGACAAGUCUACAGUCUGGAAAUACAUUUGUAAACGAUACCCCAAUCAUUUUAAAAAAAUGCAAGCCUCACAAGCCAGACAAAGUUGGGCAGGAACAAAUUCUUAAGUUUUAUGGAUCUCCAGGACUGUUGAAGGAGCCAAAGUGCGAUGAUACACGUCACCCAGAGAUCUGUUCAUACCAGUUAACUAAGUUAAUGGAACAUGAAGUGUCUUGUCAUCCAAAGGUGUGUGGGUUUUCAGAGAUUCAAGUGGCUUCUGUGGAUCCACAAAUGGGAAAAGCUGUUGAUGUCUGGGAAUCUUUACCAAAGGACAACCUCACUUAUAAAGUACAGGAAGCAGUAAAAACAAACCUGGAGAGAGGAUUUACUUUCCUGUUUCUUAGAUGUGGAAAUAUUUAUCAAGCCUUGAGUUUUCCUCCCAUCUUUAAGGAAAAUGAGAAUGCAAAAGGCAUAAAUGCUAUUAAUGUAAAUAUUAUUAUGCUGGACUCUGUCUCAAGACCACACUUCUAUCGAAUUAUGCCAAAAGCUACAAAGGCUUUGCGGAAGAUAAAGGAAGAUUCUACAAUCAAGGCCACAUUCCUGGACUUUGAACUUGUGCAAAGCAUUGGUCAACAGACUUUUGAAAACUUAAGACCAUUCUUCAGUGGUGUUCUGAAAGAUGACAAUGAAGUUAGUGCCUCUGCAAGCAAUAAAAAGGCUCCUUUGGGCGUGGAAGUGCUGUAUGGGGCCUUCAAGAAGUGGGGCUACCAGACACUGUUUCAAGAAGACCUUUGCUGGUACGACAUAUGGGGGACUGCAUUGACAGAUAACGAAAGGAGAAAAAUGCCUAAAACAAAUUCUGAUUACAAAGAGAGGUGGAAAGAAUUUCAGGAAAAGAUGACCAAGAAAAUGAUUGACCAUUUUGGUAUCACACAUUUUUCCUGCACUGUGUUGAACAGAAUUGGAAGGACCAAUCAUUAUGACAGUCCUCAGAAAGUCUGUCUCAAUGGGCAGUUUUACAGCUGGUACUUCUUUGACUAUAUAAGAAAGGUGUAUAUUGCCUUAGAAAACAACAGGAAAGCCAAACCAUUGAUGUCAUUCAUGCAUUUCAACACGGGACAUGAGAUGACCGGGACACGAAUGAUCAACAUGGAUGCCGGUAUGGCAAAGUUUUUCACGGACAUGGCCUUGUUUCCAGACACCUUGACUGUGAUUUUUUCCGACCAUGGUCACAAAAUGACUCCAUUCAGUUACACUGAAGAGGGAAGGAGAGAGUUAUUUGAUCCUGUGUUCUUCAUGAUCAUACCUGAUAGUGUUAAGGAGAAACUGGGUCCAGAAAGGAUGGGAGCCUUGGUAACAAACCAAAAGCGCAUCUUUAUGUUGUAUGAUGUUCACAAUGCAUUCAUGAGUUUGCACGAUUCUCAGAAUAAGGACUCCAAUAAUCAUUUAGUGUCAGGAAUAUUUUCAGAGAUUCCAGCAAACCGCACUUGUGCACACUUGUACAUGCUUCCCUUAACCAGAUGCAAGUGUGAAGGUUUUGAUGAAGCAAUUCCAGUGAAGGACAAUGCAGAUGAUCACAUUUGGUUGGCAGAAUUUGCUGUUGGAUACAUAAAUGAUGCUAUUCAAAAGCAAUACAUGGACGGAAAUGCUGAUGCAAAGAACAAGUAUGGCUACGGAAACUGCCAGCGCUUGGUUGGAAAAUCAUUUGAAAAGAUUGUCAAGCGAUUCCGUGGAGAAUACAUCUUUACUACCAUGGACAUUCGUGUGGUCCCUCCUGUCGGAUUAGCAGAGGAUGAAGUUUAUAGAGUCUCUGUUAAACAAUUUGCCAAACCACGACAAGGAGUAUUUUUUCUCAGUUCUGUCCGGGUAACGAUGUAUAACAAGUUUGCCUCGUGUGUAGAUAAAUCUGUGGAUAUCAAGCUCUGCCUAUGCGCCAAAGAGCAAACCACAGACGCCAACAAGAAAGAAGUAUUCCUUCACAAUGGAGUUCCUCGCAAAAUGUUUGGCUCGGACACAACUGUGAGAGACUUGGAUUCGAACUGUUUGUUAUUCUUGCGACGGAAUUAUGGGUCGUUUUCAUUUGGGUUAGAAGUGGCAAAUGUUUGCCCAAAUCGAACGUAUACAUUUAAACUAACAGGCUCUAUGAAUCAAAGGAUAUUCUCUAAGAGUUUACCUGUUGGGCUGGAGUUAUUCCCGAAGACAUUUCAUUUUUUGACCUCUGUAUACAAGUACCUCUCAAAAGUAAACGAUCCUUUAGAAUUAAAAGCAAGUGUAAGGAUUAAGAAGGAUGGAACAAACACUUUUACUAAUUUGGGGACCUUCAGUGUUACAUGAGAGUAAAAAUGGUGGUCAAAUUAUUAAAAAAAAAAUUUUUACCUGUACAUUAAGGUCUUCAACACUUCAACUGCGAUUCUAUAGAUUUAAAUUCUCUAUGAACAUACGUUAUGAUAUUUGAUUUAUCAAUUUGUGUGUUAAUAGAAGUUUGUUUCUUGCGACAAAUCCGUUGUUGUAACUUGACUCGGUAAAUAUUAGACAUAUUAUAUAGUUUGGUUUAACAACUGUGUUGAUAAUGUUAAUUGACCACCAUAAAGAUUUUCUACAACUGACGCUUCAAACGUUUGCCCUUCGUCAAUUUGCAUUACCAACUCAGUUGAUAAAACCAAAUUAUGUUACUCACCCACCGUCGAAGCACCACAGCUUCUUUAGAAACUUACGCCCUUUAAUAGUUUUGGACAGUGAUUAAGAAUUAGUUUAUCUAACAGCCCGGGCCGUCCUUCGCGACGGGGGCUGGGAUUCCUGCAGGCAAUUACUCUUAUUUACAAUAACCGGCCGUUUUCUAUAACCUCGAUGAUACAGCAUAUCUAUAUUAUACUUGUAUCUCUUUCAAAAGAAAGGAAAUAAAUGGU